AUGCUCUCCGGUUCAGGCAUUUCAUCCCCCUCUUUGAACGGGAAAGAACAACAAGGAGCAGUACAAGUGGUUCCUUCAUCACUGGAAGAACUGCAUAGAGAAUUUUCAACACUCGUACAAUGCUUGUUCAACCUGGGUGGAGGAGUCGGAAGCUCACCACAGCAAGUAAGAGAAGCAGAAAGCGAAUUAAUAGCAUUUCCAGGCAGAUGCCCAUAUUAUGGAGUAUUGUUGCUUCACGUUUCACUGUAUGCUUAUUUACCAUUUCGGAAUAACUUUUGCGUCAAUCAAGGAGAUAAUUUCAUCAAUAUUUCAAUUCAUUUCCCUCUCUAUCAAUUAAUUGAACAAGAGCAACAAUUGAAAAGUGUUAUCAUCAAUCCUGCGAUUAGACAAUUAGCUGCUGUGCUAUUGAAGGGAUAUAUCAAAAGCCAUUGGAAUAAUAUCCAAUCAUCACAGUUGAAAAAGCAAUUCAAAGAUGCUUUACCGUUGGGACUCAUGGCUAGCGAUUUAGAAGUUGAAGUUCCACCAUCAUUUCUUUCAAAAUUAACACUGCAUUCGGAAUGA